CUGAGCUAUAGUUUUGUUGUUUUGCAAAUUCUAUCGUAGGUUUCUGGGGCUAUAUUUUCACUAUGGUGAAGGCACGAAAGAAAGUGCCAGAGGCUUCACGAGCUGAGCUGAUGAUGCUGACAAUAUCAGAUAUUGUGAAUCAACUAAUUGAAGCACACAACAAGGGAGAAGAUUCAAAUUUAAAUAAAAUUAAAAGUCAUGCAGCCAGUAAAUAUGGACUGGCAUCACAACCAAGACUGGUGGAUAUCAUUGCAGCUGUUCCUGCUGCUUAUAAAAAGGAUUUGCUUCCAAAGCUUAAGGCCAAGCCUGUCAGAACUGCAUCUGGGAUUGCAGUUGUUGCUGUGAUGUGCAAGCCUCACCGUUGCCCGCAUAUCAAUAUGACUGGAAAUAUCUGUGUUUAUUGUCCGGGUGGCCCAGACUCGGACUUCGAAUAUUCAACUCAGUCAUACACUGGUUACGAGCCUACAUCAAUGAGAGCUAUUCGCGCCAGAUAUAAUCCAUAUGUUCAAACAAGACACAGACUUGAACAGCUCAAACAGUUAGGACACAGCAUUGACAAGGUUGAGUUCAUCGUGAUGGGUGGGACCUUUAUGUCCCUGGAUGAUGAAUAUCGAGACUUCUUUAUCAGAAAUCUUCACGACGCACUUUCUGGUCACGUCAGUAAUAAUGUCAACGAAGCUGUUUGUUUCUCGGAGAAAAGUAAAACGAAGUGUAUUGGCAUCACAAUAGAAACAAGACCAGAUUACUGUCUAACAAAACAUUUGAGUUCUAUGCUGGAAUAUGGUUGCACGAGACUUGAAAUUGGAGUUCAAAGUGUCUAUGAAGAUGUUGCGAGAGAUACGAAUAGGGGACAUACCGUAAUAGCGACGUGCGAAUCGUUUAACAUGGCCAAAGACGCUGGAUUUAAGGUCGUCUCCCACAUGAUGCCAGAUUUGCCAAAUGUUGGCUUAGAACGGGACAUUGAACAAUUUAUUGAAUUUUUCGAGAAUCCGGCAUUCAGAGCUGACGGCUUAAAGAUAUAUCCAACCUUGGUUAUUCGUGGAACAGGUCUUUACGAGCUGUGGAAAACGGGAAGAUACAAAAGUUACCCUCCUGAUGUUCUGAUCGACCUGGUUGCUAGAAUACUAGCCCUAGUACCACCUUGGACAAGAAUUUACAGAGUUCAAAGGGAUAUUCCGAUGCCGUUGGUCACAUCAGGUGUUGAACACGGUAAUCUUAGAGAACUGGCACUGGCGAGAAUGAAAGAUCUUGGAACCACGUGUCGAGAUGUGAGAACAAGAGAAGUUGGAAUCCAGGAAAUUCAUAACAAGGUUAAGCCUUACGAGGUUGAGUUAAUUCGUCGUGAUUAUGUCGCUAAUGGCGGUUGGGAGACUUUUCUUUCAUAUGAAGAUCCUGCACAAGAUAUCUUAAUAGGCCUCCUUCGUCUUCGCAAAUGCGCCAAAGAUACUUAUCGUCCCGAACUGUCGGGGAAAUGCUCCAUUGUUCGAGAGCUACACGUUUACGGCAGCGUUGUACCGGUUAGUUCACGUGAUCCAACAAAGUUUCAACACCAGGGUUUUGGUGUACUUCUAAUGGAAGAGGCGGGGAGGAUUGCAAAAGAUGAACACGGCAGUGUGAAAAUUGCUGUCAUUUCAGGUGUUGGUACCCGUAAUUACUAUCGCAAGUUGGGAUAUGAUCUGGAGGGACCUUAUAUGACAAAGAUGAUCAACUAAGAUUCCCUUAAAUCUUUCAUGUCUGCAUGUGAGCUGGACAAGUUAUAUUUGCCGCAUUGGCAUAAUAAUAAGUAAUAAGAUACGUAACAAACUUUAUAAUAUUCUAAUGAUUUCGUGGGUGAUAAUAAGAUCAC